GACGAGAUUAGAGAGGAGAGAGUGAGUGUGGGGUCUACGGAGGGGACGGCGCUCAAUGAGAUCUCGACGCGUAGCUAGCGCAGGGAGUUUCGGAGAAGGGACGGGCGGCUGCAGAGAGAAAAGGAGAAGCGCCCACUGUUCUUCUUCUUCGCUGGACUUUCUUUCGGUUUCUGCUGCCCGCACCGCCGCGCCCGCGCCGCCGCGCGCCGCCUCGCCUGUUGUGCGCACCCAACCACGACGACCCGACGCUGCUCCUCCGCCACUGCUUGCUGCCGUCCACCUGCAUCUCGCCCUCUGCCCGCCAGACACCGCCGACUCCAUCCUUCCGACGAUCAGAGGACGUAGACGUUGUAGCAACCCUCUGCUGCCUUCCUGCUCCCGGCGAGUUCCGAAUGCUGCUGCCGCUGUAGUCCCGUGCCUCCGCUCUCGCAUCCUGCAGAUCGAAGCUUCGAGCGACGCCUGCAACUCCCCCACCGCCGCUGCUGUCUCGCGGUCGCCGGAGCUCCGAACACCGUCGCUGUUGCAGCCCUCAGCCUGCUCGUCGCCGCACCACCGCAGCACCUUCAUCCGUCUCCUGCAGCAACCCGCGCCCGACGCCAGCAACCCGCACCACCUUCACGCCGGUCGCAGCGCAUCUCCGCCCGACGCCUGCACCCGCAGCCGCGCCUCUGCUCGUCGCCACCACCGCAGCAACCGUUGCAGCAGCCCGCCUGAACGCCGUCGCUGCUGCUGCCCGCGCCGCUGCCUCUCAGUCCGCCAAGCACCACCAGCCACGACGCCCCCGCUGUCCUGAGCUCGCUGACUCAACACCGGCUUGCUCGCUGCCCCGCCGAGUCCACCAGCUCUCCCUUCUGAGUUGCUGAGCCUGAGCUGCCUCCACAAAGCCCACAACAGAUUGACCAAGAGCUGCUGUUGCAUUCCUACCGCCCGCUAUUCUCACUCGUGUCCGAACCAAGUCGGCUCCACAAGCUUUAUUGCAGGAUCUUUGGUCGCGAGCCCGCUGCCACUAAGCUGACCCCAACGCAAAUCGUGUUCGUGAACCUUUGCCGCCGGUCUCGUUUUGGAAACGAAUUAUCUAAAUUAGAUUGUCUCGCUGCCCUUGGUCUACACCAGUCUGAGUCUGGGUCACUCUUCUUUGCCUAUCUUUGACAGAGAGCGGGGGCCACUUGUCUUAAAUUCUUCAGAACAACAAACUGGGUUUCUCGAUAGAGGCAGAGGUUGGGUCAAUCGAAAAUGCUAGAUCUUCUUAUGGGUAUUGUAAUGCAAAAUAUCGGUUUGGAAUUAGAUUGAAGGGGGCUCUAUUGAAACUGGUUUUGCAGGAUUGAAUCAAUGGAAGGGGACCCUGUGGAACUGGAGUGGAAUAUGACUGAGUAUGGUGAUUCUAGUAACUAUAAGGAAGAAACCGUGAAGAACCUAGUGGUGUAGAGAGGAAAGGGUUGUGGUUCGUAUAUGGGUUUUUGGUUUUUCUAAACGGGAAUCUGGGAAAGGAGGAGGUUAGGGUUCUGAAAUCGGCUUACCAGAUCUAAAGUGCUCUCAAGGCCAUCUUGGGUGAGUGGCAACUCCAGCAUCAUGGUGGUUGUAGGGAGCAAUUUGCGCUAAACGCCAUUGAAGAAAAAGGGGAAACUCUGCCCUAAUGGGAGAGAGGAGCUCUCGGGGAGAGAGAUUAUUAAAGCCAUAAUUUGUUCCAUUUGACUAUGGAAAAAUGUUGAUUGCUGACCGAAAUUCUUCAAAAUUUAGAUCGUAAAAUUUGUUGCGACU